AUGGCGAACGACAUCGCUCUGAUCAAAAUUACAGCUGUGCAGUACUCUUCCGGAAUCUCUCCCAUCAGACUGCCCAGCAUGCAACCGCCCUACGCCAGCUAUGUUGAUGAGAAGGCUGUCGCUACCGGCUGGGGUCGCACCUCCGACUCCGACCAAUAUAAUUCUGAUGAUCUUAUGUACGCGUACAUGGAGGUCAUCUCCAAUGCAGCCUGCACGAAGACCUAUGGUGCGAGCAUCGAGUCCUCCAACAUCUGUGUGUCCACCACAUCUGGCGCCUCCACCUGCGGCGGCGACGAUGGCGGUCCCCUGGCACUCGACUCGAAGAUACCCACCCUGAUCGGUAUUGCCUCUUUUGGUUCCCAGAAAGGUUGCGAGAAGGGGCUGCCGGUAGCCUUCACCCGUGUGACCAACUACCUCGACUGGAUCCAGGCCGAAACUGGCGUCGCUUAUUAA